AUGAAACCUAGUGGAUUCUAUGAGGUGGAAGUCAAGGUCUGGAAUGACACAGUAGCCAAUCUCAGUUUAUUGGCACUUGGCACGAGCGCUCCUGAGAUUCUUCUGUCUAUUAUUGAAAUUUUGGGAAACAAUUUUUGUGCCGGAGAACUUGGUCCUUCCACAAUUGUGGGCUCAGCUGCCUUUAACUUGUUUGUCAUCUCAGCUGUGUGUAUUAUGUCAAUACCAAACGAUGAAGAUCGACGCAUCAGAAGCCUGCGUGUAUUUGGUAUCACAUCAUUCUUUUGUGUCUUUGCUUAUGUUUGGCUGAGCAUUGUGCUUCUGGUCAGUUCACGAGAUAUCGUAGAAUUGUGGGAAGCUAUAGUCACAUUCCUGUUUUUCCCUGUACUUAUUCUAAUUGCAUUUUUGGUGGACAAGAAGUGCUGUAUGGCAAAAAAAUCAUCUGAAAUCUUUGAAAUUGCAAUGGGAUCAAAAGAAGCUGAAGAAGAACCUUUGGAAAAACCUGAAACAACAGAAGAAAAUGUCAUUCUGCUUGCUCGGCUUUACGAUGACCUCAAGCUGAAUCCUGAAGAACGUGAUGCCCUGCGUAUUCGUCGAAGCAAAGAUCACAGUGAAGGAGGGACAAAGCCAGUGAUAGAAUUUACUGCCACUGCUGUAGCUGUUCUGGAAAGUGAAAAGAAAGUUCGAAUUGGUCUGAGAAGAACUGGAAAACUCAACUGCCCUGCUCAAGUCAGUUUUCUUUUUCUUUCUCUGGAUAUUUUUAAAAAUUCUAUUUUUUUUCUUUUCUUUUUUAAUUUAAAAAAAUGUUUUUUCUCUGUCUCUCUCUUUGUCUGUCUCUCUCUUUGUCUGUCUCUCUCUUUGUCUGUCUCUCUCUUUGUCUGUCUCUCUCUUUGUCUCUCUCUCUCUUUGUCUCUCUCUCUCUUUGUCUCUCUCUCUCUUUGUCUCUCUCUCUCUCUUUGUCUCUCUCUCUCUCUUUGUCUCUCUCUCUCUUUGUCUCUGUCUCUCUUUGUCUCUCUCUUUGUCUCUCUCUUUGUCUCUCUCUUUGUCUCUUUGUCUCUUUGUCUGUCUCUCUCUCUCUCUCUGUCUCUUUGUCUGUCUCUCUCUCUCUGUCUGUCUCUUUGUGUCUCUCUCUCUGUCUCUCUCUCUCUGUCUGUCUCUCUGUCUGUCUGUCUCUCUGUCUGUCUGUCUCUCUGUCUGUCUCUGUCUCUCUGUCUCUCUCUCUGUCUCUGUGUCUCUCUCUCUGUCUCUGUGUCUCUCUCUCUGUCUCUGUGUCUCUCUCUCUGUCUCUGUGUCUCUCUCUCUCUCUCUCUGUGUCUCUCUGGAUUUUUAAAAAAAAUUUGCACUCUGGAGAUUUUUAAGUUCAAUGGCCUGGUGGACCGCAUUGUGAAUAUGACUAAGGUCAACUUGGAUGCCCUACAAUUGGAUACUGUCAGUUGGGGACAGCAGUUUGAAAAUGCAUUUAAUGUUAAUGGCGGUGACUUGGAGACAGCAACUGCUAGUGACUACAUCUUUCAUUUUGCAACUUUUGCUUGGAAGGCGAUAUUUGCAUGUGUACCUCCACCCUCAAUCCUCGGUGGUUGGCCAACGUUCAUCAUUUCUCUUGCAUUGAUUGGUUUAAUGACAGCAAUCAUUGGAGAUUUGGCUGGAAUAUUUGGUUGUUUGAUCAAUAUGGAUGCAAGUAUUACAGCCAUUACGUUUGUUGCUCUGGGAACAAGUAUGCCUGAUACUUUUGCUAGUAAAACUGCUGCCAUAAUGGAGAAAUCAGCUGAUGCUUCUGUUGGGAACGUCAAUGGGAGUAAUUCAGUGAAUGUGUUUCUUGGUCUGGGACUACCAUGGUUAAUUGCUUCCAUCUACUGGCAUAUGAAGGGUGUGCCUUUUGUUGUCAAUGCUGGUUCGCUUGGAUUCUCGGUGGUUAUCUAUACCACUUUUGCCGUUCUUGCAAUUGGCAUGCUAUUUCUGCGAAGAAACCUGCGCAUUUUUGGUAAGGCUGAGUUGGGGGGCAAAGUUUUGGCCAAAUAUUUGUCUGGAGCUUUCUUCAUUUUCCUCUGGUUUCUCUACAUCAUAUUCUUCCUGAAAACCAAUCGAGCAAUACUUUUCUUACAGAAAUGCAAACAAAACUCAUUUAUCUGUUUAUGA